GUGAUGCCUGACAACGUAUGGGGUCAUCACAUUAUAUGGAACCCCCACCACUUCCAACCUGCAUUGGCGAGAGGGAACUGAGUAAUGGCUAUAAAAGAAGAAGGGGAGUGGCAAUUUUGCCUUCACAGACGCAUGUCACGAUCCAAGUUUGUCGCACAUGCCAAAAAUGAGAUUGGCAAGCGACUACUGCGACUUAAUCCGAAGGUUUCUCAAUCAAGACUGGAUGCAAGGACAGAAGAAAUCUUUGAGGAGUUCAAAACAUCUGGAUGGCUUAAGUAUCUGGAAGAGUUCUAUGAUCGAGAAACAAGUCCAGCUUUUGGAUAUAAUUGGCAUAUCGAAGAGGAACUUGAAGACAAAGUUGGGGAAAGGAAAGGAGCGAGCGGCGAUGAGGGUGGCAAGGGAUCAGGAUCAGGCGGCGGUGCGCUUGGCAAGGGAACAAGAUCAAGUGGUGGUGAACAUGGCAAGGGAUCGGAACCACGGGGCGGUGCCAGUGGCAAGGGCCUGGUACCGAGCGUCGGUGCAAGUGGAAAGCCAAUAAGUCAUGGUGAACUACAAAAACACGAAAUGUGUCAAGGGCGUCAAACAACAGAGGGAAAGGUAUCAAGACCAAGCGGCGGUGCACAUGACAAGGGAUCGGGUUCGCCUCUGGGAUUAGGACCAAGCAGCGGUGCACAUUGCAGGGGAUCAGGUUCGCCUCUGGGAUUAGGAGCAAGCGGCAGUGCACAUGGCAGGGGAUCGAGAGGCGAUGCAAGUGGCCAGGAUUUGGGAGGAAGCGGCGGUGCAAACGUCAAGGGCGUAAGUCAUGGAGAACUGCCGAAAUGUGUCGAGGACGUCCUUCCGGAUGACCAAGUUUGGGCGACCACUGUGUUGGCGAGCGAGAGUGUUACUGCGCAAGUGGAUAAUAUUGGUGCACUUGCAGAAUUAGAGAUGCCACUGGAUAUGCCAGCUGAGAAAGAUGAACAUGAAGUCUCUCUGGACAUGAAGAAUGAAAGCGCGACUGCAGGUGCAAACGAAACUGCCAAUGUACAGNGAAAGCGCGACUGCAGGUGCAAACGAAACUGCCAAUGUACAGGCCAUCGAAGAGGAUGAAGGACAUAUAGUACUAAGUACACGGGAGCAACAUACGCUUGUACAGCCUGAACUUA